CUCAUUUUGGACGCGUGGAGAAGUGUACUUUUGCAAAAACCCUGUAUUUUGCAAAUUUUACAACGUUGACACCUUCAGUUUCGUGUUUAAAUAAGAAUUGAAGGCUAGAUUGUUAGAACUUUGGAUUGUGGUAGAAAAGAAUGGGUCGCAAAAAAUUUGUGGAUAAAAGCAAGGCUCAGACCUUUCACUUGGUCCAUCGUUCUCAAAGAGAUCCAGAAUAUUAUAAUGAGGAAGCAACAGAACGUGUGUUGGUGCCUUCAGAUGCGCUAAAGAAGACUGGACGCCAGUUGAAUCGUCAAGAUUUGGAUGCAGAAUACGGUGGCGCUGUACGUUCAAACGAAGGAGAGGCAGCUGCUUAUGGUAUUUUCUUUGAUGAUACAGAGUAUGAUUACAUGCAACAUUUGCGUGGUAUGGGAAAUGAAAAUGCAACAUGGGUUGCAGCACCAGCUGCGAAGGGAAGUGGCCAAAAGAAAAAGGAUGAAGUUGUCAUUAAAGAGGAAGAACCUUCCUUUUUACCUGAAGAAGUACUCCCUUCCAAAGAAGAAAUUAAAGCAAGCUAUCAAAACCAGCAAAGUGUACCGGAUGCUAUUGCAGGAUUUCAGCCAGAUAUGGACCCACGCUUGCGGGAAGUGCUGGAGUUGUUGGAGCAUUCCGAUAUGGAAAAUGAAGAAGAAACCGAUGGUGAGGUAAAUUUGGAUGAUGAGUUUAACAACUUAAUCACUAGUGGAAAGGUUGAUGAGGACGAAUUUUAUCAACAGCCACCAGAAAAGGAAGAGGAGCAUGAGUACGACGAACAAGCUGCUCUCGCAGCCGGAAAGUCCGAAUGGGAAGUUGAAUUUGAAAAGUUUAAGCUUGAGCAAAAGAAACAACCGCAAGCAGCUAGUAGUGAUGGUACUUUCUCAGAUGAGGACGAAGAGGAAGAACGGGAUGAAGUUCCCGAGCUUGUUUCUACUCAAAAGUCCAAGCCAAGAAGAAAGGCCAAGACGGCACAAUCUUCCGGCUCCAUGUCAAGUUCUGCUUUGUUCCGCAAUGAAGGGUUGUCUUUCUUGGAUGACCGUUUCGACAAAAUUGAAGAAGAGUAUGUGCCAAUGCAGCACGAGAGCGAGCUCCUUGAUCCUGAACAAAAAGAUGUAAAUGACUUGAUAAACGACAACCAAUUCAAUAAUGUUUUGGAUGACUUUUUGUUGUCUUAUGGUUCCAACAUGGGCCGAAAGAAGGCCCCAUCACGCAUGUCGAAAUCGAAAAAGAAGGCGUCUUUGGAUGAACUUGAUAAUGUUCGUCGACAAUUGAGUCGCGCUCGCAUCUAAAAAGAGGUUGACGUUCUUUUUUUUUUUUUAUUUUAGGGUAUUUGUGGUUUUACUUUUUUUUUGGAUGUAAUAAUAUAGAAAACUAAUUUAUGGGAAGCUAAUUUUCAUACUGUUUCCAAGUGUAUUCAUUUUAAAAGGAA